GUUAGAACUUAAUCGUGUUGCAUCAAAGGGGUCAGGAACCAGCAGGCUGCACAGUUUAGAAGAGGCAUUGAACCGGAAAUUUAAAAAUGGUCAAACUGACAAUGGUCAACAAAGCUAGUAGUAAUGAGGAGACACAUUGGAAUAUUGUGUUAUUUCCGUAACACUGCUACGCAGGAAGCGGUAAAGGAUAUGAGCAAUGUGUGUUGUUAAAAAUAAUAUGGCUGGUCAUUUCAGAUGGCUACACACACUGUGUUGUGGUCAUCUGCUGUGACAGAGCCUUCUAACACUUCUACUGAAACGGGGUGAAAUUCUGUAGUAAACCGACAUGGAGGGACGAGGGAGGGAAGGAGUCCAGCUCUCCUCAACGAACCCCACUAAGCCUGCUGGCACCCUGGCAUUGAGGAACUUCACCAUACCCAGGAAGAAGCGGGUGUCUGGACAAGUCCUCCUGGAGCCUUGCCCCGAGGAAAGCCGGGAUUACAGUCUUAUUCAGUCCAAGUUGAGAGAGGCCAGAUUAGACAUGAGGAAGGAGCACGCUAAUGCCUGGCUGUGGAAAGAUGUAAAGUUAGUGCACAAUGAGGAGUUCCUCAAGGAAUUCUCAGAAAAAAGGUCAGAGAUGCGUACAAAAGGUAGACAUGGGAGAGAAAUGGAAGAAAGAUUUUGCUUUUUGGCUGGAUCUCAUGAAAUGACAACUCAAAUUUACCAGCUGGGUCUAAGGACUGAGACUCAGGAGCAGUAUUCUUUGGGAAAGCCAUCACAUGGGGUUUAUUUGUUCAGGCAUGUUGAUGUGGCCCUGAAGCAUGCAGCCACCAGCACGUUAAGUGGGAAAAACCUGAUUGUGUUCAAGGUCCUCUUUGGAAAGGUGAAAAAAGUAACACCAAGCUUGGAUUGGAACAGAACACCAGAUCCUAUGGUUGCUUUUGACUGUCACAUGUCUAAGGAUGCAGUGUCACAUCGAGAAAGCCUUUCUCAGCAGGUUUUGGGAUCGUCUGUGUUUCUCUUUGACUACAAUGAAAACCAAGAGCUUAACAAAAGACCAAGGCAGUGCUUGCCCUAUGCUGUGGUUUCGUUUGUUCCAGCCAUUAACGCCACACCACCCACAUCUAUAAGCCCACCAGCUUCACCUGUUAAGCAUCCUACUAAUCUUUCACAUGGCCCUCUGGAACGUUUGAGAGGAUGCACUGUGGCUAAGAGAAGAGGAAAAGGAGAGAAUGCAACAGUGACAUUCAAACAUUUUGCCACACAAGGCUGCCCAGGGCCAGAUUACACAUCCCCAACUCAUGGAGUAGAUCCUCCGAUUCAAUAUAAUGAACUGCAAAACCCUCUUCUUUUCUUUCCUUCACAGCUAUAUAUGCCACUUUUUCACACAGCUGGAUAUUUCAGUCCGUCACUACCCUAUGUUGAUAGCAUUCCUUUUCAGAACAGUGUUCCCUUCCAGAACUAUCCAGACGAAUCCACAUUUCCUCCAACCACAAGCGUUUAUGGAGGCAACACAGAAAAUAGUGGUGUAACACCUCAAACAUCAACAGAAAAAAUUUCCACCAUUGUCUAUUCCUCUCGAUUGGUCAAGGACCCAAGGUUGUCCAGACAAGAGACAAAUACAGAAAAGAAAAGCUCAGAACAAGAGACAGAAAGCAGUGUCUCAGAGUGUGAUGAACAGCCACACCCGCAAAACAAAGAAAGGAAGAACGAAUUCACUAGAACUGUAUCAUGUGAGAAACAGUCACUGGACAUGGCUGAGGAGCAGAGUGGGGGCUGUUGCCUCAAACUCCCACAAGAUGAUCUGCCAGAACCUGAUUCAAAUCCACGGCCAACAACUGAAAAUAUGCCUUCAAUUAAGCUAUUCAAAAUGAAGUUUCAGAAAUAUGCUGCAUAUUUAAGGAUGUCAGAGGAGGGGAGACACAAAGUUAUAUGGUCCAAAGAAGACCUGACACCAGAGCAAAAACGAUCACUGAUUGACCGUGUACAUUUCUAUGAGGUGUACUACCAGAAAUAUAAACAAGGACUGCUCUUUCAGAAAGACACUGAGACAGAAAAUGUAUUGGGUUUGUCUAAUAUGGAGCCUAAAAACAACGAAACAUGUCUGUCCACACUGAACAAGUCUCCUUUAAUAUCACAAGAUAGCACAGUGAGACAUUCAAUAAGCUCUGAGGUUUCUAAUUUGACCCCCACCACAGAUUUGCUAAUUACUGAAAGUCCUAAAGUAGACGUGUUCAACACAGCCAACGAAAAGGUACUACAUAAUGGUACUGAAUCAACAGCAAAAACCUUGAAGGAAAAAGGUUAUCCACCAGAUUGUCCUGAAUACUUAGCAGAGCCUCCAGAUGGAAGUGUGGUUCAAUCUGAAGGAGAACCCAGUGCUUCAGAGCAGUCCCUUGAGCAUGGUGCCUUGCUGUUAAAUACUUCACAGAAGAGAGAAGCCAUAGAAAGCGCAGCAGAUUUUGAACAACCUUUGUGUCCAAGCUGUCCUUCAGAGCAAGUCAAUGUAAAUCCCCAAGAUGUCAGUGAAAGGAAAAGUUCCACAAUUCCAAGUGAAUCUACACUAAGUAAUAACAUGGAAGAAAAUCCGGAAUUCCACAACAUCACAGCCAUGGAUGUGGCAAACUGUGUUGACAUCUCAGAAAGUAAUGAUCUUCCCUCUGCUACUGGAAUGGGGCCAGAUCAGAAUAGUCAAAGGAGCACUAAAAAUGAAGACAGGGAACCACUGACCCAUUCUGAAUCUGGUGACAGCUCUGAGAUGUCCAUAGAGGUUAAGAGGGGAGAAUUACGACAAGACAACACUAUUCACAGUGCAUUAUACAAGAGAUUACAGCUGGGUCAGCUGCUGCCAAAUUUAAAUGGAGCAAACACUUUCUCCAACAAAUCUUACCUCCGGCCUAAAGAUCUAGACAAAAUCCCUUGCAUCGGUCAACUAUACGGUCAUCUUAAUGAAACAGUACUGAAGGAAGACAGCAACAAAGCUGAGAUACAGAACCAGGAGUGUGGAGACCUCCAGCACAUCGUGAUGAAGAGGUCCAAUCAGGUAUCUGCUACAACAGAAAGGCUUACUCUUUCUGAACGAUUCUCACAAUUGAGAGGCCUUCAAAAGAAGCUAGCAGUCUGUGUUCACAAGAAACCCAACAGCAACACAGUUUAUUCCGCUGGUGAUGUGAAGUCUAAUCCAGAAGGUCUAUCUUCAAGCAGUGAUGGAGAAAAAGAAACUGAAAGUAAAAACAUUAAAUUGAUUCAACUGUUGGCACAGAGGUUCAAUGAGACUAGGUCACUGGCCAACUGCAGACACCUUAGAAGGAAACGCUCAAAGGUGUUAAGCAGGAGAAAGGCAACUUCCAGUGUAUGGUCUUUAAAACAUUCAUCUCAAUCACCAGCCCAUUUUCUAAGGAGGGCACUGCAUCUCAGGAAAAGACACUUGCGGAAAGCGAUGAAAAAACGGAAGACAAAACUGGUUUCCCAGCAUCACAUUUUGUCUAGCAAAUCAACUUUAAAUCCAUCAACUUGCGCACCACAUACUACUGAGACACCUGAUAAUUAUGAAGUUUCCGAUUCACACCUUAACUCGGGUGCAGCAUCUCAAUCUUCUGGCCCUCAAAGUCACAACCAACUUGAGACCAGUCAGGAUACUAUUACAAGCGUUUCAACUGAAGAUCACUCUUGUCUAAAUACAUCUGUUGGCGAAAAUAAGUCAAGUCAUGAUAAUGAGUUUGUGCACAUCUCUCAAUCCAAAGAACAACCGACAGAAGUCUGUGAGACUCUUUCGAGGAUUUCAAGCAACUGUGAUAUCAAGAAAUCACAGGGAGACAUUCCUUUAGACAUAAAAGAACCAGAAAGAGGAACAAACAACAGCAGCAUCUGUCAUCAGGAAAAAUCUUCCCCGGUCACAUGUCCUGGUGACAAUGAGUCAAACAACGAUGGUGAGAUUGCAAAAGAAAAACACAAGGAAGAGGCCGCAUCUCAGAAAAACCUACCACAGGCCAACGCAAAGGAAGUAGGGAAGGAGAAGUGUGACACAGAAGAGAUAUCCACUGAUUACAAUGCUGGAGCUUAUGAGGACAAGAGUAACCCUGUUCAGGCAGUCUCAAGUAUCCCUAACGAUAUAACCUCAGGUAAUACGAUCACCGCCUGCACUGCCAAAGCCCGGACAGCUAUGACUCCAGAUUUACCCAGAUUAAUGAAUAAUGAUGAGGCAGACAGAGAGACAGUGACAGAGACACAGACUCUUUAUGACAGUGCUGUGGACAGUGCCAGGAGUGGUGUAAUCAAAUCAGUUGUAGAUCUCACAACUAAUGUAUCAAGUACCAGAAAAACAAGAGCGAUGGAGGCCAAUGGCAACAUUCAAAACAGUGAUCCGUGCAGUCUUGCAAACAGGACUGACGCAAAUGCCGAAUUGUUUUCAAGAGCGGAGACAUCAGUGAAAAGUGCCAAAAAUGAUUUUAUCUCAUGUCAUGACAACACAGAUCAUCCUUCUGAGCCAGCUUCAAGGUCAAAACCUCUUGUAAAGCAUACGAAAAGCAGUGGGAUAAUCAACUCACAUGUGGAGACUACAGCAGAUUUGCACAACAAAGUCAUUAGAGAUGCAAAAGAAGCAGGCAUUGUUGCAAUGACGGGCAAUCUGCAUUCAGCCUGGCAAGGACAAGACAAAAAUAAUCUUCCUAGCACCAGCACAGAAACCCAGCUCAUUUCUAAACUAAGAGAUUAUUUGACCAAAUUUGAAUGCACUGUCAAGAGACAGGAAUCAGUAAAUGUGAAUGACCCAGUAAAGGAUGGUCAGGUGCCAAUGGCUUGGAUAACUUUAGAUAGCACUGUCCAUAAACAGCAGUUAUUUGACGCAAGACACUACAACAGACUGGAUUUGGCUAAUCUCAGACAUCAACGGAGUGACCUCUUUUCAAACAAAAAAGACCAUUCCACUAACUACAUGUUGCCCUCAAUAACAAAUGAGGAGGUCACUGGAAGGGCCAAUGUUCAAGAUGAAACCGCCAAUGUCUCAGUAGCCCUUACCAAACGCAAAGGCUGCAACCAACCCAAAAGUUAUACACCAAAAAGGACAAGAAGGAGCAAACUGACGAGGGUUAGUCCAGAUAGUACCAGCAUGCUGGAAACAGCCCAAAGGGAUUCUCCUUCACUUCUUGUAGUAAACAAAGACCCGGAUCAAUCGCAGAUUUCCACCAGCAUAACCACCAUGCAGCAAUGGAUGCAAAAUCAUGGAAAUGCAGUGCAUCAAAAUCAGAUUGCCCAUUCCCAAAGCUCAGAAAACCUACAUGGAUCAAGUCCACAGCAAUCUCAAGUAAAACAGUCAGCUGAGAAAGCAACUAAAGUCAAUAAACAAACCCUUUAUGACAAGAAAGUACACACAUGUAUCCAGAAGGAGUACAGUGUCACGGACAUCUCAAGCACUCUGAAGUUAGCUGACCAUGCAGUUUCUGUGGCAGAGCUCAGCUCUCUGCAGUUGAAGUGCAAAGCCAUGCUGCAACAUUUCGUCUUAAACUUUGAACGAGAUCACAAGGUUUUUUUCAACGAGUCCUGUAUUUCAAGGAAUCUAAUCUUGGAAAAAUAUCUAGACCACCCACCUGUGCCAGUGGAGCUAAAAUUCGAGGGCUUGAAUUCUUUCUUGGAGCUGCAAAUGAUGCUGGAAGCCUCUCAGUUUGUGGAAAACAAAAUGAACUUUCUGAGCAGAAAACCAACUUUCAGGAGUUUGCUUUGGUACGAUCCUUCUCUCUAUGGUGAACUCUACAAGGGGGCUGUUGGGUUUCAGCAACAGUCGUCACUGUUUUCAUCAUUCCAACAGUGCCUUGGCAGCGAAGGUUACAGCAAGUUGCAGGAGUACUACGCUGCAGUCUCCACACUGCACCAGCAGCUCCAAGAUGCCCCUGACACAUCAUACUACAUGUACUUGAAGAGCAAACGAGAGAGACUUGAAAUAGAAGCUGCACUCAGAAAUCCCCCCGAUAUUAAGAGCUUCUUUUUAUCUGUACCAGUAGCUCUCAUGAUGAACUUUGGAGACAGCUUGGAAAGCUUGGAAAAGGCACAUAGCAUCGUGAUGACUUUUGUUGAGACACCCUCAGAUCGGUUGCCAGGGACAUUUGACGUAGGGAAAGCUGAGCAUCUUUCCAUUAUAUGCCGAUAUCUCCAAGAAAAAGUCAUCUUUAUGAAAUCCCACGAAGAGAUUAGUAAAGUGUCAUGGUUUGGCUUGGAGCAUCUUCUUUACGACGCAUCUAAGCUUCUUGUGUGGAGAGAAUCGGAGCACGGAAUAUCAAACGAAGUGCUGCGCCAAUACAAAAGGUCAAACCCACAGAUUGUCUAUGGAGUGACGGAGGCUGGUGUGGCAUUGGUUAACAAAAUGGAGCAGCCUGUGGAAACAGCACGAAUCGCAGCACAGCAACAAAUAGAUGGUGUCAGGAAUUACAGGAGCAUACAGCCAGGGAUCUCUACUGAGAGGACACAGAGUGCGCUGGAUCUUCAAACUGAAGACGGAGUGAAAGAAACCUAUCAACCAGCCAGAAGAAGGGCAAGUCAUCCACCCCUGGGAUAUAACUUGAACGAUGGUGGUGUUACCCCACACAUUCAGCCCAUUCUGCCAGCCCAGCUUGGAAAAUCAUCUCCUUUCACUGCCUUCCCUCAGCAAAGCAGUGCAGUGCACUGGAAGAUGCCUGGAACUGCUUGGGACUGGAACCCACCAGGUGUAGGCCAGACCUCAAAAUCACACCCUGAAAUAAGGGCUCUGCUUUUGUCAAAGAGGAGGGCAACUGUACCAUGUGCAGAACCAAGAACAGACAUCCAGAACAGCCAUGCAGUCAGACAGCAACAAUGGCCUUCACCCUUUAUGGUAAAUCCCAGGGCUGUUGAGAGAAUCAGCCAUCAGCCGACGACCGGUGCAUCUCAUCAUGCUGAACAUCGAAAAGAGCAAGCGAGUGACGCCAAUGUGCCCCUGUUACAGCCUUAUUCUUUUCCAACAAGUUCUGUAGUACCUCCACCUCUGUCACUGUUACCAUUCUCAAACACUUCAAACCAGGUCCCACCACAUGAGAUCUCGACACCAAUAAACUAUCCUUACUUUCUUUUUAACGGGCGAACAUACUCCACUGCGGCCCCCUCUGUGCCUCUGCCUGGACCAGCCCUUCAUACCGAAGCUCGAUACCAUCCCCACCCAGUUUAGAGGUCGCAUAUGGUAUCUGCUACUGUUAUCAGACUGUAAUAUACAAAUACACUUUUACUAAUUUCCUUUUUAUAAAAUAGGCAUAUUCUUAAAUAGAGAUUCCAGAAAAUUCUGGACUCUCUUCUUAGGUUGUUACUCACAUCCUUCUCCUGUUGAAUGUUUUCUUGUCUUGUUGUGCAUUAUUUGUUUUUUCGAAUUCAUGUAAAUAGAAUAUAACACAGUAUGUCUAUUUAUAUUGUAAAAUAAUAAGCUUGUAAAGAGAUGUUACGUUUGCUUCCUUUUGUAUUUAUAAUGCAGUGCAUCUUAACAUUAAAUUGUUAAUACAUUUUUAAUGGCAAAAAUGCAUUUUCUGUGACAUAGCUUCAAAACAGGUGGUCAAAGAUAUGUACCUAUGAAGACAUUGGAUCCUUUUUAUUAUUUUAUUAUUCUCAUUAUUACUGUGGGUGUUUAAACUGCUAUGUGUGUGUCCGACCGUCCCCCCAGAUGAACACAGGUCUUCCGGUGAAAGGAACUCUCACUGACAGGCCAUUGCUACAGGGACAUGGGGUCCAGUAUAGGAACUUUAUUUAAGAGAGUGGUUAGAUCACUAAGAAUGGACUUUCAAAUACUUCUGCAACCUAAGAUGUUAAGUCUGCUAUUUUUUUAUAUUUAUAAUGUGGUGCAUCUUACAUUAAAUCAUUUAUACAUUUAUGAGUA